CAUCAUAUGUUUUGCGCACACUGUCGCAAGUGUACGUAUAUACACUUGCGAGAGCUGUUUAAGGCAGUGCCGACUCAUCGCCGAAAAAAUCUCUACCAAAACACCGUUUUAUUCUUAUCGGCGGAAAAGGGGGUUAAUUUUGCAAUUGGGAAUUGACGCAGACACACACACGGGGCACCCAUCAGCUCGGCAAUAUGAUUAUAACGUUGAAAAACUUACAGCAGCAAACGUUUACGAUAGAGAUCGACUCGUCGCAAACCGUCAAAGAUUUGAAGGAGAAGAUCGAAACGCAAAAAGGCUUUCCUGCCGAGCAUCAGAAGUUGAUAUACGCUGGGAAGAUAUUGGCAGAUGAGCAACCGUUAACAGAAUAUAAUAUCGAUGAGAAGAAGUUUAUAGUUGUUAUGGUAACAAAGCCUAAAGCUGGUGCUACGCCCAAAACAAGCGAAGAACAGCGCGCGGAGAGUACGGAUAACAAGGAAGAAUCUACCAGCUCGGCAACUACGCAACCUAGUUCGAAUCCUACUGUUCAAGAGACUUUGCAAGCUGCUAGUAAUGUGCAAGAGCAAUCCGCAGUACCUACACCAGCGGCUGGUCAAGCAGAAAGUGCCUUGCUAAUGGGAGAGGAUUAUAAUACUAUGGUAAACAACAUCAUGGAUAUGGGGUAUGAACGCGAACAGGUUGUACAAGCGUUACGCGCGAGUUUUAACAAUCCUGAUAGAGCCGUCGAGUAUCUUCUAACAGGUAUACCGGCGCAACUCUUUGAAGAUCCACCCGAGGAUCCACCAGAAGCUCAGGAACAACUCCAGGAUCAGAGUCAAGAUCCAUUGGCCUUCUUGCGUAUGCAACCACAGUUUCAACAAAUGCGUCAAGUCAUUCAACAGAAUCCGCAGCUGCUGAAUAAUCUUCUUCAGCAAAUCGGUUCUACUAAUCCCGCCUUAUUGCAGCUCAUUUCUCAAAAUCAGGAAGCGUUCGUACGCAUGCUCAAUGAACCUGUGGAGCCUGCUACAGGAGCGGGAGCGCGAGUUUUGCCAACAUCUGGAGGAGGCGUAGCGUCUGCAACUGCAGCGGCUGCAGCGGGAGGUGCUGUAAACGGCGGAGCUGGUACGGGUGCAGCUGCAGGCGUAGGAUCCGGUACAAUCCAAAUAACGCCACAAGACAGGGAUGCUAUCGAAAGGUUGAAGGCAUUAGGUUUUCCAGAACACUUAGUUGUACAAGCAUACUUCGCCUGUGAAAAGAAUGAAAAUCUCGCUGCUAAUUUCCUACUCUCGCAAAAUCUCGACGACUGAAUCACUCAUUUAAUUUCGUGUGACAUUUCGAUUAAAAAAAAAAAAAACAGAAAAUAAAAAGGACUGACAGAAGGUGAAUGAUAACAUCAUUAUCUCAUUUUGGUCUUACAAUAAUCAUCUUUACUUUGUAUAUAGAUAUACACGCAAAUAUCUAUGCUAUUUUAUUCGUUGUGUAGAUAAAACCCUUGGUGUGUUUGGUAAGCGACUGAAUCUAAGAUAAGCGCGUAUACCGCAACAUUACGUAUACCAACUCUCUUGUUUCAUAUUUUUAAAAAUACUUUCAUUUAACAUAUACCACAUUUUUAUGAGAGAAAGAAUUGUUGCUUACAGCAAAUGGUGUUAUAAAAUCCAUCCUUAUACAGCCUAUGAAUGCUCUACUAUAAGAAUCUUAUGUUUCUUAAAAUAUAUAUGGAGCAAUAUAAUUCUGUUUUUUAUAUGAGAAAGCCUAUUGUGUUGUAUGAAAUACUCUGCAGAAGAAUAUCUUGCAGUAGUUAUAUGUAC